AUGUCCAGCAUGAAGAAGCCUCGUGGGAUUCGUCAUGACCGUCACUGCCACCGUUGCCAUGCCAAAGGCCUCAAAUGUGAUCUGAACCGACCCCGUUGUCAACUUUGUCAACAACAAGGAACAACAUGCAGCUAUCCGCAAAGAGUUGUUUGGAUGGGUCCAAAGAAAGAAAGCCCGAGAAAGACAUCGUCGUGCGCAGGACCCUCUUCCUCCUCUCUAGCAACAGCGGAUGUAGAACCGGAUACGACAGAACUACAAAGCAAGAAUAUUCCAAUCAAUCUAUACGGAUUCAUAGAUCUAUUGUCACAUUUCUACCGGGAGAUACAAGCGAUCGAACAAGAACUCCCAGCUGAAGCCGUCAAGCUUAUCUCUCGCACAUUGAACUUUGCCCGUUCUCGGCUUCGAGGAUCGGAUAAUAAACAAUCCAUCCAAACACAUCUCGGGGCCUUAACAAACUUGAGCAAAGUCAUCGAAUCCGGACAUCCUAUUGCAUUAUUUGGGAUUGCAACAUUUGCGAUUUUUGAAGUUUGUUGUGGAUCUUUUGGUCGAUGGCAUCGCCAUUUACAAGGUGCACGCUCCCUUUUGGACCUUCAUUGCCAAAAUGAAGCACAGCUUGAUCAACUUGCAGCUCGGAUUCCGGGCCUUGGAGAUAUUCUGGCUUACUUGGUUUGGUUCGAUGUCACCGGCGCUCUUGUUCGCAAGAGCUCUUUGAUAUUCGAUGAUUGGCAUCGUCGGAUUCUAGAACCUAGUUUCUUUGAUUCAGUGGGGUGUCCGGCAGAUACAUUUGACCUUUUUGUUCAUCUCGCAAAUCAAGAUGUCAAUAUUGACGUCCUGGAUCUUAGUGCUAGGGCUAUGGAUCAAAUAAUUAACAUGGACUCUGGAGACCAGACGGAAAGUGGGCUUGCGACUGUUGUCUUUAGAUGCACUGGCGCUAUUGGGGCAUUCAGUCUUGCUGGGAGCAAACAAGACGAGGCAUCUUCAGCUCAUGCUGGCAUCUUAUCAAAAAUGACAGAUCGCGUUUGUGAUGCAAUAUCAAAAAUCCCGAUAUCCUCGAGAUUUUACGUGCAUCUAGCUACCCCAGCUUACCUCACUGGUAUGCAUGCGACCAAUGCGGAGCAAUGCGAGUCCCUGAGAGCCUAUUGGCGGAAUUGUCAGCAGUGCGACUUUCCACGAUAUCCAGAUGCACAAGAGCAGUGCGAGCGGAGAUGGAGGAGCCAGAUGAUCUGUUCACAAUGA